AUAUUCGAUAAUAUUAUGGAGAAGUAAGUUACUUGUCGCACUAAAUAUUGGCGUUUUAUCAACACACACCGAGCAAUGGAUAUGUUUAGCAAGCUGAAGAGUGCUGUGUCCAGUGCUCUUCCUGGCAACCCUAUGUCAAAGGAGUUUGAAGUGUAUGGACAGAUUGCCACAGCUGGCCCAGGCCAUGUCUGGAAAAUAUACAACGGAGUGAAGAAAACUACCAAACAAGAUGCUGCUAUAUUUGUGUGUGAAAAAAAACCUAUGGAGAAAUACUCCCGUGGGGACAGGGAGGCAGUUAUAGAGGCUCUGAAGAAAGGUGUGGCUCAACUUACACGGCUACGACACCCUAAAGUUCUCUCAGUAAUACAGCCCCUCGAGGAAUCAAGGGAGAGCCUGGCAUUUGCUACAGAGCCAGUGUUUGCGAGCUUGUCUAACCUUCUGGGUAACCGUGACAACCUUCCAGAGGGUGUUGUGAAGCAGCUACAGGAGCACACCAUGUUUGAGAUGGAGAUCAAGUAUGGCCUUCUUCAGAUGGUUGAGGGUGUACAGUUCCUUCACUCUGGCGUCAAGUUACUGCACAACAACCUAUGUCCAGAGAGCAUCAUUGUCAACAAGAAUGGGGCCUGGAAACUGGCAGGCUUUGACUUCUGUGUGUCUAACUCCAACACUUCAGAGCAGGCACCAAUGUUUGUGUACAAAGACUGGGAACCAGACCUGAUUUCCUGUGCUCAGCCAAACCUUGACUACCGAGCACCGGAGUAUGCCCUCACAGAAAGCUGUAGUCUUGCCUGUGACAUGUUUGCCAUAGGGGUGCUAGUUUACUCAGUCUUCAAUAAUGGCAAACCUCUGUAUGAGUGCAAAGACCAAAUUGGGGCAUUCAGGAAAAAUGCUGAAGAGUUACGUAAGUGGCGUGGUUCAUUGCUGGGGAAGAUACCUGAGGGUCUGAGAGACAUCGUGAAGUUGUUGUUGAACACUGAACCUACUGUACGCCCUGACCCUGACCAGCUCACAAAGAUUCCAUUUUUUGAGGAUGUUGGCUCCAUGACCCUCCAGUAUAUGGACUCCCUGUUUCAGCAAGACAACCUCCAGAAGUCCAAGUUCUUCAAGGGACUACCCAAAAUCAUUGUCAAGUUCCCCAAGAGGGUGAACCUGCAGCGUAUCCUUCCACCCCUCCAGAAGGAAUGUGUGAACCCAGACAUGGUUCCCUUUGUGUUGCCCUGCAUCCUGCAGAUAGCCGAGCAGGCAACCGAUCAGGAGUACCGCUCCAGCAUUCUUCCCGAACUCAUACCACUCUUUAAAAUCACCAAUCCUGUACAGAUAUUGCUUCUGUUCAUGCAAAAUAUGAACCUGCUACUGAAAAAGACUCCCUCUUCUGACAUCAAGACACAUGUGUUGCCCAUGAUACACAGGGCACUGGAGUCUGACACACCUCAGAUACAGGAGUUGUGUCUUAGUAUCAUUCCUACAUUUGCGGACCUCAUUGACUACGCAUCCCUGAAGAACUCCAUUGUACCGAGAGUAAAGAAACUCUGUCUGGGGACAUCUACCAUCGGGGUAUCCACAAAGGUUCGUGUGAACUGCCUGUUAUGUAUGGGCAAACUACUAGAGUCUAUGGACAAGUGGUUUGUGCUUGACGAGGUGUUACCGAUGCUGCCACAGAUACCCUCCCGGGAGCCAGCCGUCCUCAUGAGCCUGCUAGGGAUCUACAAGGUGGCAUUCACCCACCCAAAGCUGGGGAUUACAAAGGACAUCCUGGCUGGCAAAGUUCUUCCCUUCCUGAUCACCAUCUCCAUCGACAACAACCUUAACCUAGCCCAGUUUAGUGCCUACAUCAGCCUGGUACAGGAGAUGGUUGUGCGGGUGGAAACGGAACAUCGCAGCAAGCUUGAACAGCUUGAACAGAUGAGGCAGGAACAGAAAAACAUGGAAAUCACAAAAAUCACCGAAUCUAAUGACAAGACAUUGAUAGGCCAAAUGGAUGGCGAUAAACCAAGGACCAUGAUGGAUGACUUCAUGUCUGGUGUUGGCAUGUCUCGAAUGUCAGUGGGUGGGGCCAGCAAACUAGCUACCAGUUCCCCCUCCUCAACUCCUGCCUCAACCCCCUCCAGUCAGCCCGCCAAGACACUGAGCCUUGAGGAGAAGCAGCGUCUGGCUCGUGAGCAGGAGCAGCAGCGGUUUUUGAAAUCAGCAGGGAAGCCCCUGGAGGCCCGCAACUCAUCGCGCCCAUCUGCCACACAACCUGCCAGACCAAUCACACAGGCACCUAAAGACCUAACCUCCAGUCUGAUGCAGUCAAACGUGUCGGGCCUGGCCAGCUCUAGUGCCAACAAUAGACAGAUGCCUAAUUAUUCUGUGUCUGGUAGUUCUGCACAACCAGGAUUUUCCAGUAACAGUUUUAACACUGGACUUUCUAGUGGAACACCAAUGUCUUCAUUCAAUUCCAGCAUGGGAGCUUCAUUAUCAGCAAGCUCUUCAUCUAACUUUUCUCAGUCAAACAAUCCUAUGUCGAACCAGCCAAACAAAAAAGUAGACUUAUCAUCUUUUGAUAGUUUACUUUCAAAUGGAAACUCACAGCCCAAGAGUAAUAUAAACCAGAUUUCUCAAAACAGAAACAGUUCUGGAAUGCACCAGGGCAUGAUGGGUAGUGGGCAAGGCAUGAUGGGAAAUAUGAAUUCUCAAGGCAUGAUGGGCAGUACAAAUUCACAAAGCAUGAUGGGAAAUUUUAAUUCUCAAGGCAUGAUGGGGAAUCAACAGUUUCCAGGCCAACAUGGCAUGAUGGGACAAAGAAUGGGUGGGCAAACUGGCAUGAUGAAUACAGGAUUCAGUCAGAAUACCAUGAACACUGGAUUUGGUACUCAGCCAAUUAAUGCAGGAUUUGGGAUGGGCUUUCAAGGGACAGGUUUUCCCACUCAGCCAUUGGUAGGACAGGGGAUGGGAGUUUUACAUCCCCAGUCUGCUAGCAACCAAAACAUGAAACAGGGCUCCUCUGGUAGUGCUCUUGAUGACCUGUUGGGUUGAGUGAAUUGGAUUAAGGUCGUCAAGAAGGCCUGCUCUUCACAUUGCAUUAACACAAGCUUUAGCUGUAUGGCUACUUAAAUAAUUAUAAGGUGGCAUUUAUAAUGUUGGGAAAGAAGAAUUGUGCUAUUCUGUCUACAUUUCUACUUAAACUCUAAAUGAACAUUUGCAUUCAAGAGUACUUCUUGCAGGCAAACUCAGUAUUAAAACGGCUCUUAAAUUAUGAUUUGUAUAAGUUUCCAUUGUAUCAAUGAAAUCAAAUUCUUAUUUUCAUAUACUAUGGUUUAAAGGUCCAUGUCUUCAUUGAGAUUCUAUUUUAUUCUACAUUGUAGGUGUCAAGACCUAAUUACCUUGUUGGGAUGUGCAAUAUGGAUACACAUAUUUACUAUUUUGGUAAAGGGACUUUAUGUCACAUUUUUAUUUCUUACUAAAGCUUAAUUGUAUUUCUUACUAAAGCUUAAUUCUGUGAAUAUUUUAGUUUUGUCACAUUCCAUUUUUCAUAUUUUUAAAAUACAUGUACAUGUAUGAUGAGUGCUUUGUUGCAUUAUAUAGAUGGCGGUGUUGUUUAUUUAUUUACAUGUAUCUGUGAUUAUUUCAUUAUUAUUGACAAACAGUUAUUAAUGCAUUGCAAAAUAAAUUAAUAAAUCAUUACUUUUUUAUUAAUAAAUCAUUACUUUUU